AUGAGAACAAACACUAAGACACCUCUACCAGACAGGCCACCAGCAACAUUCAGAGGCCUCCAGAGCCCUCUCCUGGAUAAACCAAUCCCACUGCCCCCCGUCAUUAAGGCGGAAAAAGGGGGUUCUUCUGUCUGGAAUGCUCAAGAGCAAAGGCCAAGCCCCUCAUUACCCAGCUUAGAGCUCCAACCACAUGUGGGGUCCAGCCAUGCAGCAACCAUUCAGAAGCCUCUAAUUGUCUACAGCACCUUGGAAACAUCCCACAGCCUUGAAAGCCUCAAGAAGAGCACACAGAACCUCAAGUCAGAAACAUGCAGUAUCUCCACCCUGUCGAGCAGUGGCUACACAGCCGAUGAGGAGAGCAGCAAGGCCAGCCUGGUGAACAGCAAGCACACGGUGAGGCUGACGAAGCGGCUCACCACCCAGGUGGACAGCACCCAGAGCAGUGAGCUGCUCAUCACCCCCUCACCCAGGGCGUUAAAGAUCCGAAGGCUGAACAGUCGAGGCCAGGGAACCCAGCAGGCUGGAGGGGAAAAGUGA